GUGAAACAUUGUUAAAGACUGAAAUCCUCAUGUCUCAAUCCGAUAAUACUGUUCAUUAUUCUUGUGUCCCGGUAGUGGAAGAUUUUGUGCAUACAUUUAAGGAUGUUCAAAAAUUCUCAAGAUAAACAAAUUUUGAUUCAAAUACCCGAUAAGAAGAGCAAGACCUCCAAUCUUGGGACCGAAUUUGGCAGACUAUUUGAACAAGCAGACAUUCAUGUUGGGAUAAGAAUUGAGAAGCAAAGAAUUUUCUUGGGUUGUGAACGAACGGCCAAGGCUGCCGCUGUUGUUGAGUAUGAUGAUAGUAGGACUCGUGGUAAGAAAACCGAGCUCGAGCAAAACAGAAUCACAGGGACAAAAGUGACUGUGGGGUUGAAUGACUCCGAGUCAUGAUAGAGCCCGAGUAGCACAGUAGAAUCUGGGUAGCACAAUAGAAUUCGAGUGACACAAUAGAUUCUGAGUGACACAAUAGAAUCCGAGUAGCACAGUAGAAUCUGAGUAGCACAGUAGAAUCUGAGUAACGCAAUAAAACCGGAGUAACACAAUAAAACCGGAGUAGCUCAGUAGAUU